AUGGCCAUGAAAACAUCAUAUUUAGAAGUUUCAUGUUCUAUUCGUAUAUUUUUUUUAACAAAUGUCAAGAGUUCUUCGGUUCCAGUGAUGUUGAUCAAGAAAAUGGUAGGCUUGGAUGGAAGUUGUUUCGAAGAAGUUGAAACAGACCCGUACUCCGAGCUCACUCUCCUUCCGGAAGAUUCUACACCUCGCCAUCGUCAAACUCGUUUGCUUCCUCCAACUCCACCUUCUCGUCGAGCCCGUCGUCGUUCUUUUAGAACCGAUCUGCAUCACCUACACGUGUCAACGUAUACAGAUCAUCUCCAUCGGCGUCGAAUAUACGAUUUUCUCUCAACAAUCUUCAAAUUUCUCCGAGUCGUUCGAUCUCUGCUAUAUGAUCCUCAUAUACCUGAGUUAGAAAAUUUUCUACACAAGGAUUUGUUCUUCCCUUCUAACAAAUUCUCUGAUGCAUUUCAUGAAGAUUAUGUAGAUAAGCUGUUCGAUGAAAUGCCAGGAAACGAUUUUUGGUCUGAACUAAAAGCCAUCAGAUGGUAUCCUGUUUCUGUUGACCCACCUUUGACCGGACUUCCAUGGUUAGUGCCAGAUAAUACAUAGGAUUCUGCCACUGUAGUUCAUGAGGCUGUGGCAAGAAAUCUGGCUUUGCUGCUUUCACUCUUCCCAAAUAUGGAUAAAUAUAUCAAGGUCAGCAUCAGCCUCACUAAAUAUGAUUCCAGAGGCUAUCAUGGAGAAACAAAUCUUUCUGACUUGACAGGGUUUCCAUUUCCUACAAUGUAUUGUGGGAUUGGCUGUGACUUAUUGGCAACCACUACUUUUGAUAGUUGUGGUUGGAACUGGUACAACAAGCAUAUAUGCUGGUUUCACGAGAAGAAACUGAUAGGUGAGGCAAAGGCUACUUUUAUCCCACGAGUUCCAGAGGUGUUGAAAACAAGUCUGAUCAAGCACAUUAGAGCUCAUGUGGAUCCAUGA